GCGGGCCCGCGGGCGGCUCUGACGGGCCGCCGCCGCAGUUACCGGAGUUCCCAUUGGCCAAGGCGGGAGCGCCAAGAUGGCGGCGGCGGCGACGAGUUGCGGCCCCCGCGCCGGGGCGCCCGGGUGUGUGGUGGCGGCGGCCGGCAAGGACAGCGUCACCAGUUUCCAGAGGAGGGGUCCGAGAGCCAGCGGCCCCGACGGCGGCUGCCGUCGGCUGGCGUCCAUCGCGGGCACGCGGCCGUCGGUGCGGAACGGACAGCUGCUGGUGUCCACCGGGCUCCCAGCCCUGGACCAGCUCUUAGGUGGAGGCUUGGCCGUUGGAACACUUCUCCUGAUUGAAGAGGAUAAAUAUAAUAUUUAUUCUCCUUUGCUCUUCAAGUAUUUCCUGGCAGAAGGGAUCAUCAAUGGGCAUACUUUGUUGGUUGCAUCUGCAAAAGAAGACCCUGCUGAGAUUUUGCAGGAACUUCCUGCACCAUUACUUAAUGAUAAUUGUAAAAAAGAAGUUGAUGAAGACGUAUGUAGUCAUAAAACACCAGAAUCUAACAUUAAGAUGAAAAUAGCUUGGCGUUACCAGUUAUUACCCAAGAUGGAGGUUGGACCAAUAUCAUCUUCAAUAUUCGGUCACUAUUAUGAUGCAUCAAAAAGGAUACCGCAGGAACUAAUUGAGGCUUCAAAGUGGCAUGGAUUUUUUCUUCCAGAAAAAAUAUCUUCAACUCUUAGUGUAGAAUCCUGUUCUCUGACCCACGGCUACAGAAGCCUGCUUCACUUUAUUCAGAACAUCAUAUGUGAGGAAGGAUUUGAUGGAUCCAAUCCCCAGGUAAAAAAAGAGAAAAACGUUCUAAGAAUAGGAAUCCAGAAUCUUGGUUCACCUUUGUGGGGAGAUGACAUUUGCUGUACGGAAAAUUGCAACAACAGUCAGAGUCUCACCAAGUUCCUCUACGUUCUCCGUGGUCUUCUGCGAACUUCUCUCUCAGCCUGUAUCAUUACAGUGCCAACCCAUCUCAUCCAGAAUAAAGCAGUCAUAGCUCGUGUUACAAACUUGUCGGAUACAGUCGUUGGUCUAGAAUCAUUUAUUGGUUCUGAGAGAGAAACGAACCCGUUAUAUCAGGAGUAUCACGGUUUGAUUCAUGUACGGCAGAUUCCUCGACUUAAUAAUUUGAUUGGUGAUGUAUCAGAUGUCAAAGACUUAGCUUUCAAAUUAAGAAGGAAGCUAUUCACCAUUGAGAUGGUGGCUGCAGCUCCAACUACCAGUCUACAGUCCAGGAAGAAAAAGGGAUUGAGGGAAGGAGAAGAGGAAACCUUACCUGAUAGUCCUCUGCAGACUUCUGUCUACGACUCAUUGGCCAGAACUUUGCAAAUUGCCACCUGGCUGCUGGGAGUCCGGGAAGCGACUGCAUUUGCCUCCAGACUUGUCAGACACCGUGAGCCGCUCAGGCAAACAGGAUCUGGCAGAACCCACCAAGCUGCUGGGCCCCGGCUGUGGCGUGACGGCCGGAGGCAAGAAGCACCUGGACUUCUAGUGGCCCCCCCUUAGUUGCCGCGUGCAGAAUUGUAUGACACUCUAAUUACGAUUGCUAAUAGCUAUGUAAAUAUUUUUCUUAAUGAUUUGACCCUUCAGUCCUUGAAAAAACAGUUAGGAUUGCAAAAUGAGGCCACCGUUGUUCAUUUUUUUAACCAACUUUUUAUACAGAAUCAGUACAGCAGAAGCACUUUCAUUUAAAAUUUUGUUUUAUGCUAUAUCUACAGAAAAUAGGUGAUUUUAUUUUUAAAUAAAAGCAAAUAAAAUGUCAAAAAUUCAAAUGCCUUACAGUGGCCAUUAGUGUACAUGUAUUAAGGCACCUCGUUCAUGGUAAAGUGCAUGUUUCAGAAUGUUCAGAAAACAUUCUGAAAUUCAAAACUGUAUUUUCUGAAAAACUUAUUUUCUCUUUAUUUCUGAAAAAGUCACUUGCCACCAAAAAUGCUAAAGUUUUUUAAAAAGUGAAAAAUUUGCUAAUGUAUGAAGCCUGUAUAAUAAAAUGAAUUUGCAUUUAUGCAACCUGUUAUUAAAUUGAUGAAGACAAAAUAAUAUUUUGGGAUUAAGACUCCAUUAAAGAUAAUUAGUCCGAUAACUAGUAGUUAAUAAAGAACUUGAAAGAUGGAAAGCAAAGCAAAAGAAGUUGAUGGUCUUCUGUUUAGUAACCCUGAACAACUGAAGGCAGCACUGUGAAAGUGUCCACAGAUGUAAUUCAGGAUUGAAAUGCAAACUGACAGCUGCACUGAGGCCAGGAUACUGAGGAAAAUGCACUGAAGCUUGGUGAGAGAUCUUCCAGAACGUAGGGCUGAGGCAAAGCAGAAAUCUGAAGCUCCCUCAGAUUGCCAUGGCACCAGGUGAGCCCUUUGUGUCUAUGAGCAUUGCUGCUAUGUUUCUAACCAUACAAACGAGUCUUUGGGGUAUAUAGCAUACUGAACCAGUUUUCAGAUAAAACAUAAGGUUUUUGAAUCAUAGUUCCAUAUUCUCAAAGCUUUUGACAAAAAGCAAAAGUCAAAAAGUUGCAUAUUUAAGUAGAGUCUCAAUUUUUAAAAGGCUGUUUAACAUUUGUUAGAAGUUGAAUUUCCAAAAUACAUUUUCAAGUAUGUUAGAAUAUUUUGAAGCAGUUAUAACUAGCAUUUUUAAGUACUUUGCUUUUAAUAUACCACAAAUUAUACUUUAUUUGUUCUUGACAACAUUGUAGAAAACAAAGACUAGGUUUUUAAAACUGUCUAACCAACGUGAUGAAUGUCAGUCACUUAAAAAAAAACCCACUGUAGCAUAAACACAUACUGUAUACAGCUUUUAUUCAGAAUUCGAAUAAUUGAAUCAAUGACAGCGAUUCGCCAGGAUGUCAAAUCUCUCCAUCAUAUCCUGUCACUACCAGUUUAUUUUUUGUGAUCAAAAUCAAAAAGACAACUAUUUUGUCACCUGCUAUUUCAUUAGUACUAAAAAUCAGGUUUCUUCUUCUAUUUUUUUUAGAAUGUCUGGUUUAUUUUUUUCACUUCUUUUAAUUCGAAAGACAAAUUCUUUCCCAUUUUCUUUUCAAAACAAAGUUUCAGAAUUGAUCUGUCAGUUAAAAUUAAAGGGCUUUUAUAUUAAGCAAAGGUGCUUUUAAAAUUUAAAGCAACUCCAAAAAAACCAAUUUAGUCCAUAGAUAAUAAAUAAUGUGCAGAUACUCCACAAAAGCUUUGCUGUGUCCUUUGAAAGCAUUAUGAGCAAUCUGAAUAAACUCAAAUGAGUAUUUUA